GUAAUAUUCUAUGGCUUGAUUUUCAUUAUUUUGACUAUUACACACCCAUUUCUUAUCUACAAAUAGUGAUCCAAACAAUUAUGCCAACCGUUCCCAGUCUUUAUUCUUCAAAGUCCUCGGUGAUUCCUCUCUGUUAUGGACGAGAAGCAGCAGCCAAAACCCAAGGCCAAAACGACCCUCUAUCUGGGUUGCUUUGGAUUUUCCGGGAAACUGCAUGUUUCCAAGAAAAAAACAGUAAAAAUUGUACAAACUGUUCACAAGCAUAAUUGGUUUUCCCGGUCAACGACGUUUCUCUUGAAACAAUCCGGCAUCAAAACUCUUCGUGUCGACUACUCUACUAUAUCAGAGAGACUACAGACUCGAAAGACUAAUUUAAGGAAUUCAAAACCGAAGCUGAAACCCUCCGAUGAGAUCCCCUCAAAACGUAAAAAUCCGGCAGCCCAAAAUAAGAUUCCGGCAGCCCCUGAAGUUGAUACUGCUUCAGAUCAAGCUACUGAAGACAGACCUCAAGAGACGAAGCAUGGUUCUGAACAGAGCAUCAUCCUUGAAGAUGGGAAACUUUUGGAUCCUGUGAUGGAUUCUUCUAAACAGUUGUCUUUCAGCCGGAAAAUAGACUCUGCAAGAGUAAGUUCCAGCCAACCCAGUUCACCGGAGCACAGGUCCCAUGGAACCGCGGUUCUCCGAUCGACAUCUCUGCCGGCACCAAACCCGCGGGGAAAAUCACGGGUAAGUGCUAAAAGGGUUAGAAAAGAAAAUGGAGCAAUCGAUAAAAAAUUCGACCCAGUGAUUGGCAUGUCAAUUGUGAUGGUGACUCUGAUCAUAAUGUUAUUAUUGGGUCGGUUUUGUGCGAUUCUUUGUACGUGUGCAUGGUUAUAUUUCUUUCCUCGGUUAACCGCCGAGGUUAAACCGAGUCUGAAUGGAACCGUGAAAAAUGGUUUGGUUUCAAGCGAACCGGAUUUCAACUCGGAGGAGUACAAGAAGAGAGUGGUUUUGGAGGGGUUUCUCGAUAGGAACCACCGGUCUCCGUCGUGAAUUUUCAAUUUGGUUGUUGUUAGAAUGGCAUUUUGUGUAAAUUGUAGGUAGAAUAUGUCUGAAUUUAUAAGAAAAAAUAAAUAAGAAAACAAAAUUAGUCAAUUUUUUAAAAGAUCA